GGCUCUUUUCUCGUCUAUCUCGAUGACUUGAGGUUCUUCAAAGUUCUACACCACCGAACUUUAGCAAUGAAAUCCAGUUUCGCGACGUAAGGUGGCUUGAAUCAUCGGACGCCCGGCUACUGGUGUCUUCAGUACUAAUGGACCACCGCGGCUCGUUGUUCUUCUUCAUCGUCAUCCUCUAUUUUCUCCUCAGUUCACAGUCGCAUCCGCCAUUAAUAUCCCAGGAUCGAGAGCACCAACGGGAGCUUGAAAGGGAACGACAAGCGCUUCGUCUACUGAACGAAUCCAGAUAUGGAGACUUCGAUCCACGAGCCGACAAGUGGCUCCCAUUUAUCGGAGCCCGGAAGAAUGAUAGCUAUGAUUGGGGGCUCUUAGCAGAUGCUCAAGAUAGGGCUCGAUAUCAACUGCAGUCGGCCUUUUCAAAUGCCGGUCUAGUGCCUCCAAGCGGUCUCGAAGACGGGAACUCAUCUCGGUCAUUGAAUCUUUCCCAGCUGGCCCUUCCAGUUUAUCGCAACUCCACAGGGACACUGCGGGGAGACUGGGUGCGUCGCAAGCUGGAUACUAAUCGCCCUUCCCUCAAUACGACGGCCAUUGUCCUCGAGCAUGAGUACUUCACGCAUGAAUUCGGUCAGAACAUUACCGGCAACAGCGGAGAAUUCUAUCUGAAUGUCCACGAGGGAGGCGGAGAGGAACUAAAAUUGCCCCAAGGCCAUGUUCGCGAGAUUAGAGCAACCUUGUCCGUGGAGACUGAUGAUUACUGGGGCCACACCUGGUAUAUCUCGUUAUAUGGGGUCCAUUUUCCCGAAACUGGCGGCACUGUUCUGACGACGACGAGUGAGAAGUUUCGGGGUGUCUUCAGUCUACCGCACUUGACAAUGACAGUUGACUCUUACAAUAUUUCGCACCAACUCCUUCUCAAAUCCCUUUCAGACACCAUCGCAGAGAAGCAGAAUCGCCCCCCUACACUUUUCCCUUGGUCUUCGCUUGUGGGAACGGAUCAGGUGGAAUUCCCGUCUCCAAAAUGUGAACAUAUCGUGUACCUGCAACAACAUCCGGUAGCUAUAGAAGGCUACUUGGCAGACCAGGUGGUUAUUGACCAAAUAGAACAGGAAUUGAGGUUCCCAAUGGGCGCACCCAUCCCUUCGCCACCUUCAAUGGUCAUGUCCGGAGUUGUGUACUCUCCUGACUGUGGAUACAUCCUCGAGACUAAAGGAGCUCCUGACUUUCCUCCAACAGACGGGCUGUAUCUCCAGGGUCCUAAGGUAGAGGAGUAUGCGAAAUACGCUGCUCGCCUCGUAUUUUUGAUCUCUGCUGUGUUUAUUGGACAGAUUAUGUUGCUUAUGCGACAGAUCAAAGACGCCUCUACUCCUUCAACUCGCAGUCGGAUUAGUUUCUAUACAAUUGCUCUCAUGGCGUAUGGUGACGCAUUCGUGCUAGUCUUCAUCCUACUGGAGCUCUAUCCAGCUGUUUCGUUUCUGGUCAUGACGACGCUGGCGUUUUUUGCCUUUCUUUCUGUCAGCUACAUUGGGAUGAAAUUCAUGAUAGAAAUAUGGGCUAUUCAAGCCCCUGAACGGAGAGAACAGGAGCGUCGGUCAAGCCCCCCAGCAUCAUCUACACGAUCUAGCGGACUACCGCUUCCUGCUACGGCAACUGGUGUUAGAGACUCCGGGGCUACGCCAAUCAUCAUCUUGACGCCCGAUCAAGAUCCCCCUGCCGAAGAGGAAGAAGGCACACCAACACCAAAUCGUUCUACAGUGCCAACGGCACAAGAAACCCGGAGUGAUAUUGGCGCAAUGUAUGCGCGAUUUUACUUCGUCCUCUUCGUGAUGCUUGUUGUCUCAAUUUGGUCAUUCCUCUGGCCCAACCGAUUGGGUGCUUGGUAUGCUCGAGCACUGGCAUUCACGUAUCUCUCUUUCUGGGUACCGCAAAUAUAUCGCAACGUCAUGCGCAACUGCCGGAAAGCCCUGCGAUGGGAUUUUGUCAUUGGUCAAAGCUGCCUUCGGCUCGUCCCAUUCGUGUAUUUCCUUACAGUCCGCGAGAACGUCCUAUGGGUCCGGCCGGACACUAAAACCGCACUCUGUCUCGCCGGCUGGGUCUGGAUCCAGGUCUGGCUACUGGCAAGCCAGGACAUCCUCGGGCCACGAUUUUUCGUUCCCCGAGGCUGGGCCCCUCCCGCUUACGACUAUCAUCCCCUUCUCCGCGACGACCCAGAAUCUGGCCCGGAUGUCCAGUCCGACGGCGGCGUUCUACCCAUCACUGCCCUCCGGGCAGACGGGCGAGAUUCCUCAGACUCGAAAGAUGACGACCGACCGCGGAACAAGGAUCGCAAAAAGGCAAUAUUUGACUGCGCCAUCUGCAUGCAGGACAUUGAGGUGCCUGUUCUCGCAGCGCCGGGAGCCGCGGGCGGCAGCAGCGUUGCAAAUGGAGCAACGAGUCUUCUCACGCGUAGGAACUAUAUGGUUACCCCUUGCCAUCAUAUCUUCCACAGCGCCUGUCUUGAGAGCUGGAUGAAGCUUCGUCUGCAGUGCCCUAUAUGUCGCGAGUCUAUUCCUCCUGUUUAGACCAGUUAUUCGUCUAGUUUAGCAUUCAUUAAUGGUAGAUUGUAUACUGAUAGAUGUGAUUUGGACCUCUUAACAUAUAGGAUGAUGUAUUAGGAAAGGCUAGAUAGAAUCAA